UUGACAUUUAAACACGAUCUUCCGGCGUGAUUUAGACGUAGGUAUGCGAGGAUAUACGUGUAUGUAGGCCUACAAAUGGAGUGAGAGUAGUACACUCAACGAGGUUUCUUCCUACACAUUACGUUGCUAUAUACGAACGAUCGUGAAAUCUCUACGACGAAGAACAGUUUCGAAGAAAGCGUCAGUUCGUGCGGAACAAAAUAUACUGACGAUCUUACUCUCCUGACUCCUUUCAUAUUGAUUUCGAAGUAAUACUCGAGAUUUGUUUGUUUUCAUUUUCUUUUUCCCUUUUUCUGCUCUUUCUUUUCUUUUUCAUUUAACGUCGUACGAUAUGAUAUUCAUUGAAUAAUAUCGCGAUGUUAUUCUCGUGAUCGUUAAUUUCUUACGAAUAUGUUUACAAAAUUUGCUCUUAUUUUCUCCAUCGCAAUAAUAUACGUUCAAGGUCGAUCUAGGAACGCUUUGUUAGAAAAAGAAACGUGUGACUUCGACGAUUCUCGGAAAUACUACGAUUCUAAGGAUUUAUUAAGAUGCAUGAACGUCCUAGCUUCGUAUUUGGAAAUACGCGAGAUCGAUAGAUCGACCAAGGAUGAAUAUAAUAGUCGUCUAUAUUCCAGACAGGAUUCUUCAUGGACCGAUUUGAUCGUAUCCCUGUUUAACGGCGUAUCGAAUCCGGGCUAUCAGAUUCCACAAUUUUCAGAUACAGUAACCAAUCAGUACCAAUCGAGUCAAUAUCAAACUACAGUAGGUGGACUGUCCGGCUCUUCGGGGGGUCUUAAUAUAAACCUCUUCGAAGCUCUUUAUUCGAUAUCUCGCUAUGAUGAUCUGAAGUGCGUUCCCAGAAUACUUUGCGAGAUGGCGAGUGGUGUUACGCCAGGAGAAUCGAUAUACGGACGAGACACGAACCUGUUUCGCGAUCUUUUUGGUAAUAACGUGUUAUUGAGAUUAUUGACAAAUUUCAAUUUCGCCGAAUCAUCUCCUUUUUUGAGCUUUGGAAAAGCCGCUCUUUUAGGAUAUACAAGCAAAAGUAAUCCUAAAAAUUGCUAUCAAGAGUAUCCAAGAUGUCCUAGGAAUCCUGAUCAGCUGAUCCAUUAUCUCAACAAUCACAACGGUGGAUUCUUUCGAUUUUUCAAUAAACUUAAUCACGAGAACAAUCCUUAUGCAAGACCGUAUAGCGUUCAAAACGAACGGAAUCAAGCAUCUUCGGUAGAAUAUGGCUUCAAGAUCGGUUCUGAUCGGACUGGAACGGGUGAACUGAAGUUCGAUACCGUUGCUGAGAAUGAUACUCGAUAUUACGAGCCACGAAUACGAAAUCAAUUAAAUCGCGUUGUAUUUCCAGAUGAGAAACGAUCGAAGAAAUUCGUUGACACUUCGAACAGAUUACCUAAGUCGUUCGAUUUGGAAUACAACGAUACCGAUGAUGUCCAACGUGAUGGCUCGAAUUUUUUUCCUCGGCAAACGAGAGAAGAAAAAUAUGAGGAAUCUAAUCAACUUUAUACUUCGUCUGAACCAUUCUUAGAAUCUCCGUUCAAAACCUUCGUAUUUCCAGAAAAUUGAAAAAGAAAAUAUGGUUCUUCUUGAGAUUUCUCUUCGAUGACCAUCGAAUAGAACAGUAAUCUAGAACGCUAAAAAAUCCUCUAGGAAUUGAUAAAAUUAUUGUAAUCAAUAAAAUUGAUGUAUUUUAUUAUACAACGAUA